AUGUCGCAAGGUCAAAGGCAACUGCUAUGUUUGGCACGGAUUUUGGUCAGGAAUCCUAAGGUUAUCAUCCUCGAUGCAGCCACAUCUGCUGUUGAUAACAGGAUCGAUUUGUGGAUCAAAGAUACCAUUAGAACCCAGUUCAGUGGAACUCUGAUUGUUGUGGCGCAUCGUUUGAGGACGAUUGCGUCUUUCGAUAAGGUGGUUGUAAUGAAGGAUGGGAAUGUCGCGGAGGUUGGUGUGCCAGCUGAGCUUUUAGGCGGCAAGGGGCUGUUCUACAACCUGAUUCAGAAUAUUGAUGAUAGGGAGUUUUUGACCAGUCUCAUAACAGCUGGGGAGAGGAAAUCGGCCUAA